AUGACGGAUAUGACGGCGACUCUUCAGACAGAUGAGGAAUGCUGGAAAUUCUGGGCUGAAGCUGGAAACAAAGGACUGCCCAGGGCUCAUUGGGCACCAGCUGGACUGAAAGCCAAUGGCGAGAAAGCCGUCCUUCGCGCCCACGAGAGCUCAUGCCUGGCUGCUCUGUUCCUGAUCGCAGGGCAACAUCCCGAGGUGGAGAAGCUGGCUCCGGAGCUCCGGGCAGCCGGUUUGGUGUGCUGCAUCAUUGACCACCGCCAUCCGCAUUUUGAAAAGCUCUCGAAGGAUGGCAUCAGUGCUGUGCUUCACAGGCCGGUGGAUGAGGCUCCACUUCCAGACAGCUCCGUGGCCAAGUCCAAGGUGCCGGUGCAGGCAGAAGUUUUCGGGGCCAAGAAUUCGCCAGAGGUGAAAGAUCCCCCCAAACGCGAGCAAAGUGAGGAAAGAGAGGUCAGGAAUGCGGAAGCUCUUCCAGAAACUGCUGCGUUCUUCGGCUCCUCUGACUCUGAUUCAGAGGAUGAUGCAAAACCAGCAUCACCCGAGCAGCCGCCAAUUCGAGGAGCUGCGCCGAAGAGCAGUGUGGUGCCUCUAUCUCGUCCAAAGGUCGCAAAACACACAACUGAGGCGAGGUGUGUAGUGGAACCUGACAAGGAUUCAGAAGAAGAAGAAGAUGAAGAGUCUUCAGAGGAGGAUGAAGAGGAGGAAGCACCACAGAAGGAGGAUCAGAAGACAGCUCCAAAAUCUCAACAAGCCUCCCCAAAGCAGAGCACAGCCAGAAAGUCGAGAUGCAUUUUGAGCGAGGACGAAAGCUCUGAUGUGUCCGAUGACAGGAGCUCCCCCAGACCAGCUGAAAAUGCCAAGGACUCAGCUUCCAAAGUGACUUCGUCCGUGCGCUUCGGGCGUCGGAGAUCCCCUUUGCCACGGCUUCGCCAAAAGAGGCGUGAAGAGAGGCGGAGGGCGGAGAGGUCUGAUCGGUCCAGGAGAGAUAGCCGAUCCUCAAGUCGAAGGAGGUCUCGCAGCAGGAGAGCGUCAGCAGAGGCCUCUCCGGCUCGGUUCCCAUUUGCGGCACGAGGACAGCCUCGUUCCAAAAGGAAGGCGGAGCCACCCCGGCUGAAGUCCAGGAGGGAGCGCAGCCAAGAGGAGAGGGAAAGGAGGAGAGAUGAGGAGUACAAAGAGCACAGACAAAGAUACAGGCGAGAGGUGGAGCUGAGGACUCAUAGAGAACGGCAGAGGCAAGACGAAGAAUUGAGGGAGCAGAAGGAAAGAGAGAAGCGAGAAAAAGAGCUGAAGGAGCAGAAAGAAAGAGAGCAGAGAGAGAAGGAACGGAGGGAAAGAGAGCAUAGAGAAAAGGAACGUAAGGAAAAGGAGCAGAGAGAAAGAGAAGCGAGGGAAAGAGAGCAAAGAGAAAGGGCACGGAGGGAACGCGAGCAGAGAGAAAAAGAAGCGAGGGAAAGAGAGCAAAGAGAAAGAGAACAAAGAGAAAGAGAACAAAGAGAAAGAGAACGGAGGGAACGAGAGCAGAGAGAAAAAGAAACGAGGGAAAGAGAGCAAAAAGAAAGAGAACUCAGGGAGCUCAGGGAAAGAGAACAACGGGAACAAGAACUGAGGCAACUGAAGGAAAGAGAGCAGAGAGAAAGAGAGUUAAAAGAGCUCCAGGAAAGAGAGAGGCGAGAGAGAGAGUUGAAGGAGCUCCAGGAAAGAGAGAGGCGAGAAAGAGAGUUGAAGGAGCUCCAGGAAAGAGAAAGGCGAGAAAGAGAGUUGAAGGAGCUCCAGGAAAGAGAGAGGAGAGAAAGAGAGUUGAAGGAGUUCCAGGAAAGAGAGAGGAGAGAAAGAGAAUUGAAGGAGCUCCAGGAAAGAGAAAGGAGAGAAAAAGAAUUGAGGGAACAGCAAGAAAAGGAGCUGCAAGCUGCCAGGGACCAGGACCGAAAAAGGGAGCCGAAGUCCCAACCAGCACCAGAUCCAAGAAUGCCUACGCAGGCAGUGCCUUCAGCACCAGAUUCGAAGCCACUGUUUGUGAUGCACGUCGGUGCUGAACAGGACCAGGCUGCGACGGCCUUCAAGGAAGCCAGCAGGAUUGCAGCGAACAGACAGGCUGGUUCCUCCACCUCACAAGCCAACCUCUCUGAGCAGCUUGGAGGCGGUCCUAAGCUGCUGAAAGUGGAGAGACACAAGGACCAUCCCAUGGCUCAAAUCAAGCUGAACCAGCAAGAGACUGCCGAGCAGAUUCUGCGGCUCAGGCCCUCGCACAUCAACGGGGUGCCGGUGAAGAACUGGGAACGUCUGAGCAACGAUCCUUCAGCCUUUCUGAUUCUUUGGGAAGGUGACCGGAAUGCCCUGGAUGAUGCCACGCUUGAAAGCCACUUCAACCAGAUGAUUCAGCAGCUCAGCCCGCAGAACCCACCUCCGACUCAGACCAAGGACGACGAAGAAGACAAGCGCCUGAUGGAACAGAUCAACAAGGCCAUUGAAGACACCCGGAAAGCUCGAGGUGUGCAAGAGCUGCAGCAAAAAGUGAUGGAGGACUUGGAGUUCAAAAUGGUUUCGGUGUAUGAGGACAUGAUCGUGAGGCAAAGAUUUCUGGACCAUGCCCGGAACCGGCAAGACAGCUUCCAGAACUUGUCUGACGCCGAGAGGCAGAUGUUGGCACAGUUCCAGUCAGACCUGCAACAGCUGCAACAAACACAUGCCUUGUUGGAACGAGAAAUGGAGAGCAAGCUGUUCCCAUGGGAGCGUGAGGCCCUGUAUGCACGUCUGCGGGCCAAGAAGCAUCAAGCUGCACAGCAAGCUGAAGCCAAGUUGCAGAUGCACGUAAGAGAGCAGGCACAGCUGGCACAGCUGGCACAGCAGGCACAGCAGGCACAGCUAGCACAGCAGCAGGCACAACAACUGCAGCAAGCCUACAUGCAGCAGAUGCAACAAGCACAACUGCAGCAGGCGCAGAUACGGCAACAACGACAGCAAUAUCAGCUGCAACAGGCGCAGAUGCAGCACAUGCAGAGGCAGACGCAGCAAGCACCAUGGGAGCAGAGCCAGGUGAAAGAUGCAGCAAUGAAUGACCAAUACCAUCUCGCUCAGCAAUUGCAAGAGCAGAUACACUGGGAAGAGCAUCUGGUAGAGAGCCGCUCCCCACCAAGACCCAUUUGCAAGACACAGGCUCAGGCACCACCGCCGCCACCACCACCUCCCAAAGAUGCAGAGAAUGCAAGCCCUGGUGUGACUGGCAAUGCUCCUCCAGUGGUGCCAAUCAUCGUACCAAAGGAGGGAUCACUCCUCGGAAAGGCUAGAACUUUUGCAAGCGACUCCAACAUACCUCCAGGAGUCAUCGCCCUCCAGGCGGGCCUACGCCCUGAAGGAAGGCCAAUUGUGCCGCGAAAUUUGCUGCAAGAGGCCAAGGAGGGACCGCCCAAAAAGUUCACCCCUCCAAUCCCAGCAAGUACCGGCAAACCAGGUGGCAUCGUGAAAGCUCCCACUCUGACGGCCAGUUUGCCAGCACCUCCGCCUCAGGCGCAGAUUACAGCACAUUUGCCCCCCUCCUUUGCAGCAGCUCCGGCCGAAGAUGCGGCACCGUGUGCACCGUGUAUGGAGGGCACCACACCAAAGCCGAGGUCUGUAGUGGAGCCGUCCGACGGAUCCAGUGCAAAGUGCCCUCCCAGGACAAGACCAGUGGGAAAAGCACCCAUGCAGAUAAUGCCAGAAGGGCUUGAUGCUGUGAGCCAGCCAGGCCUGACUAAUGAUGCAAUGGCUGCGCCACCAGCGUGGCAGGCGGUAAUCAAGGCAAGACGGAGGAUCUACGAACCGCCAGAAACAUUGCCAGAGUUCCCACCAGAGGAAGAGAUUGUUGAGAUCGAUCCGGAAACAACUUCGGCCCCCGCUCCAGCCACACCCCCAGCUCCAGCCAUGAGCUUCCCUCCAGAUACACCAGAUGGGUUGCCUUUGGAUGGCUCUGCUGCAAACGGCUCCGCUCCAGAUGGCGUACCUUCAGACGGCUUCCCUCCACAUGACCCGGCUCCAGACACGUUCCCUUCAGAUGGCUCCGCUCCACGCGGCUUGGAUGCAGAUGGCUCCGCCCCCCACCCUCCAGAUGCCCUCCCUUUGGGUGGCUCCUCGCCAGAUGGCUCGCCUCCAGAUGGCUUGCCUCCAGAUGGCCUCGCUCCACCUGGCUCCGCUCCAGACAUCUUGGACGCAGACGGCUCCGCUCCACAUGGCUUGGAUGCCGAUGAUUUGGAUUCAGAUGGCUUGGCUCCGGACACUCCAGAAAUUUGCCCUCCCUCACCAGAUGGCUUGCCUCCAGAUGGCUUCGCUCCAGAUGCAUUCCAAGUAGAUGGCUCCGCUCCAGACAUCUCCCUUCCAGAUGGCUCCUGGCCAGAUGGCUUGCCUCCAGACACUCCAGAAAUUUGCCCUCCCUCACCAGAUGGCUUGCCUCCAGAUGGCUUCGCUCCAGAUGCAUUCCAAGUAGAUGGCUCCGCUCCAGACAUCUCCCUUCCAGAUGGCUCCUGGCCAGAUGGCUUGCCUCCAGAUGGCUUUGUUCCAGAUGGCCCAGUUCCAGACAGCUUACCUGUAGAUGGCUCCACUCCAGGCUUUCCGGACGUCCUUUCAGAUAGCGUGCUGCGAGAUGAUCCCAACAACGACAUUGCAGUGGAAGCAAGUCGUGCCGCCUCAACUACUUUGGGUCGUCCCUUGAUCAAGCCCUUCCUCAAGCCAGCAGUGCAUCGAGCACAGCAUCCGCAAGGAGGAUUGUUUCUGCCUGGGACUUCUCAGCAGAGAACAGCUUCUGCAAGAGCGACAGAGCCUCGUGGCAAAGGCACCAGAGAGGCGAGCUUCCAAGGCUACGCCAGUGCGAGGCAUGGAGUGUUGUGCAUGCAAGCGGCAAGGCAAGGAACUCCCGUGCCUGAACCCAACAUACCGCCGAGCAGAGCAUCCUGGGCGCAGCCGGAAAAUAGAGCUCCGGUGCCAGAGCCGAGCAUGCCACCCAGCAAAGCAUCAUGGGCGGAAGCGGCAAUCGAAGGAACCCCGGUGCCAGAGCCCAACACUCCGGUGCCAGAACCCAGCAGACCACCUGCGGCAAACCGAGGAACACCGGUGCCAGAACCCAGCAGGCCACCCAGCAGAGACGUCGAGUGGCACAACGAUGAGUGGCACAAAGAUGAAGACUUGGUGAGGUUUGGAGCAACCGCUGCGCCCAAAGCAUCUGCAGCGUCCAAGGGAUCCGGUAAAUUUGGACAUUUCAGACCAGCUUUCGCGCCUCCUCUGACAGCCUUUUCAGCUCCUGCUGCUGUGACAGCUGUGCCUUCUAAAGGCAAAGGGGUGAAGCGGCUUCGAGAUGAGAUGGGCAAAAGUGGCCGGCCAGGAUAUAUGGCCUGGGGCGCUUCCAACCCGAACAGCCGCUUUGGGUACAAGUGA